AUGAACUAUUACAUUAUCAAUGAAGUACUUGCAAUUGUGGAAGAAGGGAGUGAAGGGAAGGUAGCCAGUCCUCGCAAUGGUACUGAAUGGGAGGGAGAGCGUGACCUCUCCUCAGCAGUCGCCUCAGCACCUACACAGUUGUUCCUGUCCCUGAGCUGCUGUGGCAGAAGAGAUGACACAACUUUUGGAGCUGGAUCACAGAACCGAUACCUAAAACGCUUCAGAGAACCAAAGCAUGAAAGACGUCCCUGGAGGAUAUGGUUUUUAGAUACUUCCAAGCAAGCCAUAGGGAUGUUGUUCAUCCACUUCGCAAAUGUCUAUUUAUCAGACCUUACAGAAGAAGACCCUUGUUCACUGUACCUUAUCAACUUCUUGUUAGAUGCCACAUUAGGAAUGCUGUUAAUCUACAUUGGUAUACGUGUAGUCAGCAGCAUUGUGGAAUGGCAGCAGUGGGAGUCCCUUCGCUUUGGUGAAUACGGUGAUCCACUGCAGUGCAGUGCUUGGGUGGGCCAAUGUGCUCUGUACAUAAUGAUUAUGACAUUUGAGAAAACCAUCAUCAUUAUAGUGCUUCUUAUACCUCAGUGGAAAGAGGUAGCUUUAUUGAAUCCUAUAGAGAACCCCCAGUUGGAGCUGGCUAUCGUCAUGCUGAUAGUUCCCUUCUUUGUUAAUGCAUUAAUGUUCUGGGUAGUAGAUAAUUUUCUUAUGAAGAAAGGGAAGACAAAAGCUAAACUUGAAGAAAAGGAAGCAGGACAAGAUUCAAGAAAUGGAAGUAAAGUCCGAUACAGGAGAGCGGCAUCACAUGAAGAGUCAGAGUCAGAAAUCCUUAUUUCAGCAGAUGAUGAGAUGGAGGAAUCAGAUGCUGAAGAGGACCUGCGUAGACUGACCAACUUAAAGCCCAUUAAGAAAAAGAAGCAUCGUUUUGGUCUGCCUGUAUGACACAUUCCCUGACCUGUGUAUUUGCAGGUUUCAUGGCAAAAACUUCAGUCAGUGGGUUUUAAUGUUGCAACUGCAUCUCCCCUUUCAUACAAACUGACUUAUAAGCAAGGUCUACCAACAGAAUGCAGAUGGUUGGAAGACUUCCAGUUCAGUUGCACUACAGACACACUGACCAAUUAUGCAAGAAUGUCUUCUCAUCAUGUGUGGAAAAACGCAGCGUUGUUAAGGACUAGUUGCUGAGGGGAUUUGUAUCUGACAUUUCAGAGAAGAUCGUAGAAAACAGAUACAGCAAUCUCUCACUUAUGGUUACUGAUGAUAUGGUUUAAGAUGUUCUCAAAAAGGCAUCAGAAUCAACUAAGUUAAAGGAGUGUGUUUUAUUACUAAAACUGGCUUUUGCAGCAUAAUUCCUAGAGCAGAAUAGUUUAUGGUUACAAGCUGUAACUUAACGUUAUUUUUUUAAGUACAAAUGUUUACUUGCUACUGGGUACCUAUGGAACUAAUAGGUGGAACAAAGAUUUUUUUCCAAGUCUCCUCAAAUCUAUUUGACUAUUUUAUAUUUAAGUUAUAUUUUCAUACAGUUGUAUUUAAAGAUUCUCUUUGUCAGAGAAAAGGGUGCAGUUCCCGCUUUUGUGCAGAACAGGUCAAAAGAUUCGUAGUGAAAAUCUUAUUUAUCCUUGUAUCCUGGUUUAAGACAAAGGGAUUGCAAAGGGAAAAACUCUCUGUCACUGCUGAAGUCACCAAAUGUCACUAAAAAUGCAGUCCUAAGUAUGCUUUUGACCACAUCAUUUGAAAAUACCUUUUUUAAUAGGAGGUGGUGUUUGCAUAUUUGACAAACGUGCACUUUAGUGUAUAACAAAAAUCUGUUGUGAUCAGUUACUUAUUUGUGAAAUGAAUAUCUAUGGAUGACUCUAAUUAUUUCUGUUUCUGCACGUCUCUUGUGCAUACCUCUUAAAUUACCCAAAAGAGAGAGAACAUUUCUUAUACUCUUCCUUAUAUAGGGCCUGCCGUACAGGACCAUGAUCUGAUUGGAGCAGUUGUGCUGCAAUACUGCAAAUAAUUCUGUCCCUUGUUUUUUGUUGGAAAAAGCAAUCUUCUGUUUAAUGUGCUUUAAAAGAUUUCUCCUGUUAAAUUUCUAUAAAGUCUGGUUAUCCUUUAGUAUUUAAAAAAAACCAACAAAAAAACACAACAACAACAAAAAAAACCCCACAAAAACCCAAGAGGUAUAAUACAGUUGUUACUACAGAAUUUUUGUGAUUUUCAGUGUCUGUCUGCUGAUAAUUGACAACACUUGGUAAUCUGAAACCUAGCAGACAUGUUUUCAGUGACAUCCUUUUGCUUUGCAUAUUUUCUAAAUGAUUGUUUCUGACAGCUUUCCUUGCUUAGUUAAACCUUGUGCAGGACAAGUCGAUGUGUUGAAGAGGUGACAACAGACCUUAAUUGCAAAUCUGUUGUAGUAUCUGGACAUCAGAAAUGUUCCAAGCCUUAAACCAAACAGUUUCAUCGGAAAACUGCUCAGAACUUUUUAAGAUUUUUUACAUUUUUUAUAGAUUUACUAGGUCUUAAUGUGAUUUAUUAUCCAGACCACUUAAAUGGGGUUCUUGGGCCUUAGUAAAUACUGAACUGUGCGCUCCCGUACUUCUUUUCACUACUCCAGCAUUCCUUUUCACUGCUUGGCUGCCGAGGUGAACACAAUGUUCUAAGACUUCAGGUACACCUCAGCGUGUCCAGCCAGCUAGAAGGGACAUUUACCAAACCUAACGUUUGUGAGUUUAGUUGAGCCACUGACCUCUGUUACUGUGCACUGAAAUGUAAUAACUGCAAUAAGUUUAACUACUAGUGUUUCUUUUAGACUAAAUCUAGAAACUAAUGACAAUGGAAGCUUAAUUGAGUUAUUCUGAAAUGGGGGGUGGGGGGAUGGGGAAAUGUCCCUAAUCAGUGUUGCCUCUGUUUUAGGUUUUUUGGUUUUUUUCAUUGAUUGUGUGACUUGCAUCUUCUCUUGACUAUUUACCACUGGGCGGGUGUGUAUCUCCAAAAGCACAGUACUUCAAGGAAUUCAUCUUCAUCAACAGAAUAGUUUCAUACAGCUCACUUUUCCAAAGGGAUUUUAGAGCUAGGACUGGCUCUUGUCGCAAAUGUCAGCAUUUAUUUUUUUUAGCAUAGGAUUUGUUCUAUUUCAGAUAGUGAAAUAAAGCUAUUCACCAUGUGCUACAUACCACUGCACAACUAUCACUAUCCUCGUCAACCACCAGAGAUAACUGAGCAGCGCACACAAAUUUAACUGUACAAGCUUUCAUUUUAUCUUCCUUUUCCCUCCUUUUCUCCGGUUACUUAAAUUAUUAAAAUUAUUUCUAGUCUCAUGUUUAGUCUGUGAAGUGUCAGAAUAAGAUUAUGGCCUUAAUCAUGUAAAACAUUUGUUUUGAGCAGACCUCAAACUUAUUGACCAAGUACAAAACAGUAUAAAGCACUAUGGAGCAGUUUCUUGAAGACAGCAAUAGCAAAGGUAUAUGAAUGCCUAAUUUUUCCUGUCUUAAGUGCUUAAAUGUCACUUGGUUUGAGAUUUUGAUAUGCCUAGCAAGAUGAUGUAGUAAAGCACUACGAGCCAAAGAGACAGAAGUAUUUUAAAUACCACAGUAGUAAUGAAGGACCGUAUCUUCAGAGGGGAGAAAACAGCUCUAACUUUCUCUACUAAGAUAAAAAUUUUUUCACAACCUUAACCAAAUAACAAAAACUGGUUUGUUUUUUUCCCAUUCAUUCUUUGUUAUCAUGUGAAAGAGAUGGAAAAUAGAAAAUUGGUAGUUUUCCUCUUCGUAAGAUAAAUUCGGAAUUCUUGCAGUAGGUACAAGAAGGACAAAUGCUCUUGUCUGGAGAGCUUGUAUGUGUGAGAAGGAAGUAUGUGCCUAGUGCUUCACUAUGUCUUACUGUUUGUUGUAAUGUAUUGGCAGUACAGUCUGAAAUAUUAAAUUUUUCAUAAAGAGUUGAUCCAGUAAUAAUAUUGCAACGUGAUGACGUUUGCAUUAUCCUCAAAUUGGCACUCUAAAUUUAUGCCUGGUAAAUGUGCUUCAGGACAACUCAUGGCAAAGGUUUAAUUCAGGCUGUGCUUAAAAAAAUGUGAUUCUGUUUAAUGAAAAUAAGCUAUGUAGUAUAUGCCAAAGUAAGAGAAAGGGAUUGUAACUUACAGAAGAGACACAGAAGUAUUGGUGGAGAUCGGAUUUACCGUGAAUGGUCAACCUAAAUGUAUUAACUGUUUCUGCUAUCUGACCUGUGACACAUCUGCAUAAAUUUAAAACACUGGUGUUGUCUAAUACGUGGUUUUCAAGUUCUGGCUUUAAUAUGUUCAGGUCCCCUUGUCUUACUUUAAGUAGGUAAAUGCUAUAUGUUAAUGUUGCUAACUAAAAUGUACUAGCUUUUCUUCAGGGAAAACUCAGAAACUGAGUUGCAAAUUAGAGCAAUGCAAAG